UGCGCUGUUCAGCCUCCCGAGAAUCAGAAUCUAGUCUUUAUAAGGCAAGAAACUUCACGAUCUGUAAAUUCCAGUGUUUUCUUACUUUUCCAGUAUUUCCCGAUACUCACGGCUCCUCUAAUUGCAUUGAUUUCUCUGGCUUGGCUCGUUACCGACAUCUUCUACACCAACACACCGUGUGCUUUGGCGUACAACUGCAUGGAGAUGCCUUCAGCAGUUUUCUGUUCGUUGCUGGCCGGUAUCAGUGCAGUGAUUGAAAUUCACUACUCGAUUGAUUUUAACAAUCUUGAAUGGAGUCAGAAGUGGAGCUGGGCAGAUUCCGUAGCUCUGUGCUUUAUUCAUGCCGUCCUAGCCUUCGCUUUGCAAUGA